CCUCAGGGCGGAGAGAAAGGACCGCUGCCAGCGCCGCCCAGACGGAGAGCUCCAGAGCUGCGCCUGCGCACUGACCCCGGCGGGCCCUAGCAACCAGAGCAGUGACGGUAGCAACCGCCGGAAUGGCAAAAGCAACCACAAUCAAAGAAGCCCUGUCCAGAUGGGAAGAGAAGACUGGUCAGAGGCCAUCUGAGGCCAAAGAGAUAAAGCUGUAUGCCCAGAUCCCCCCAAUAGAGAAGAUGGAUGCAUCUCUAUCCACACUUGGUAACUGCGAGAAACUUUCCUUGUCUACAAACUGCAUUGAAAAAAUUGCCAACCUGAACGGCUUGAAAAACUUGAGGAUUUUGUCCUUAGGAAGAAACAACAUCAAGAACCUCAAUGGACUGGUAGGUUAUUCGGAGUUUGUGAAGCUGGCGGAACUGCCGUGCCUGGAAGACCUGGUGUUCGUGGGCAAUCCCCUGGAGGAGAAGCACUCUGCUGAGGGUAACUGGAUCGAUGAAGCGACCAAGAGAGUCCCGAAGCUGAAAAAGCUGGAUGGUACUCCAGUAAUUAAGGAGGAUGAGGAAGAGGAAAGCUGAGGCCGUACUUUACACUUUGUAUUAAUUUAUUUAAAUGUUAUGAGAACAAUAGAUCCGUUUGUAUGAUUGUCUAUUUUAAAGAUUUUGUGAGGGUGGAGUUGUGAAGACAAAACACCUCUCUCUCUUCCAUCCUUUAAAACCCUAUCAGUGUUCCUCCCUCACACCAUCAGCACCGACUCGAGUCCAGCCCACUUUUGGAAACUACCGAUCUCCUGGUUUUGUCCAGUUAUGGACCACAUCACCUGUCUCCUAAAAUGUACAUACCAGUCCUUUUAAGAGCAGAGGGACCUGUUGUCUGUACUCAGUUGCUUGGUGGUUUUUUUAGGCCAGGCAUGUUAAAGGUAUACUUUCAAGUCUGUAAAGGUUCAUGUCCUUAUAACUCAGAAGCACAAAUGCAUCCCCCCCACCCCACCCCGACACACACUCACACACCUGCCGGCUCAGAAGGCAGUAUGGUGAUGGGAAGCAUUCCUGUUACGUACAGCUGUACCUAGAGCCCAAAGUCUGCUUGGAGACACUGGGGAAGAAAGGGAGACCGGCUGGCUUGGAGUCUCCUUAGCCCCUGUUAUAGUUACGUCUCUUCCAGAUAUGUGUGCGCGGUCAACUGGGAUUUAGGUGUGCUGCCUGGAUGUCACUAUGUACAACCAGACACCCCAUGAUCCCCACCAGGGACUAAGGCACCUGGCAUGAUCUCUCCUUUGAUAGUAAUGUGGCCGCAUUAACUCUUGGGGACCUUGCCUUAUGCAAAUUUUUUAAAAAUAAUCUCUUGAAUCUUUAAAGCAGUAGUCGAUAGUUCUAAGUAUCUACCAUUGAGAUUUUAAAAUUUUUUUCCCUAAUGAUUUAGCCCAGUGCCCUUUGCUUUAUGGCUAUGAGGGUACAGACUUGAAGACUGAAUUUGGUACCUCUAAAUAAAUGAAAUAGUUUUUCAAGAUAUAUUUUUGGGAAGACGUAAGUUAAGCAGCUCUUAAAGUGUAUCAUGUAAGUGGCAUAGAGGGAAGAGAGAGAUGUGGGAUGGAUCCCAGGCAGAUGACAGUAUGCUGGAGAUUGUCUCUUGUGGGACACUGGAGGUGUCUUAACCUCCGAUCUGCAAAGCAAUAGUUAGGUGUGGAGAUAAUUCAUCAUGUAAGAAAAAUAUCCUGAAAAAUGUAAAACACCAACUCCAGACAAAGUCUCCAGUGGGCUGUAAUGGAAGCAUUGCCCGCAGAGAAGAAGUCAGGCCCCCCUGCCGAAUUGUGCCUAAAGUCUCAACAGAGGCCACUGAUUCUUGUUCCCACGCCCAUGGGAGUCCACCUGUAAGCAGUUACGGUGAAAGAGGGAAGAGUCGCUCUUUGUAAUGAUUGCCUAAGUAGGCUUGAUUUGAGAGAUUCAACGGCCAUCAUUUCAGUAAGAAUGACUUUACUCCUCUAAGAGUCAAACUGAUCAAAAGGGACCAGUGCUUUGACAAUCAACUCUAAAUCCAAACAAGAAUGCCGAGUCUUGGGCUGGAGACACAGCUCAGAGGCUGCCAGCUCUUGCUCAGGACCUGAGUUUGCUUCCCAGCACCCACGUGGAGGUUCACAACCGCCCGGAACUCCAGGGGAUCCGGUGCCCUUUUUUGGCCUCCCAGGGUACCAGGCACACACAUUACACAGACACACAUGAAGGCCGAACACUCAGACACGUGAAAUGAUACAUUUUUAAAAAGGCUUCUAGUCCAACCCUUAUAUGCUUCUUCUAAGCUUUUCUGAUGGGAAGAAACUUGACCCUGCCGGGCUCAAACAUUCAAACCAUUGGCAUUUCUAUUGUGAGCACAGGGGUGAGACUCCAUUCUCCUUGGUGAUGCAGAAAGCCCAGCUGUUGAGAGGGAACACUGUUGUUACUUGUAGUUUGCACAAAUCAAGCCCUGUUACUGUGUGUGGCUGUACUUCCUGAGAGAUCCCCUGGGAGUGAGUAUGGGAAGGGGAUGGCUUUGUAAUGUGAAAUGACUUAUGGUGUAUGUUUGUUUUUCCAAAUUCUGUAAAUGGGAAACCCCUUCCCCCAUUUCUUAAUGUCUUCUAAUCAGUGGUGGUUCUCAGAGAUAUGUAAGGUGCUUUUCUGUGUCCAUUUCACACAAAAAUCAUUUUUGGUUGCUAUCCACAAAUAUUGGAAUGGGUUUAAUGCAUCUCUGUCUCUGAAACUGAAGCCAAAGGCACUCAGUUAGGAAAUGGAAUGGAAGGCUAGAUCUAUGAAAAAGUUAAGGCUAGCCUCUCGGGUUAUUCCUUAAGUUAUCUUCUACUGCUGAAAAUGUAGUUGGGAUGCAUUUGGCUUGUGCCAUUCAGAUUGGAGACUGGACCACUUCUGCAUUCACGUGAACUUCUGCUGCUCUUAUGAAAAAUGGUAGAGUGCUGGAAUCUGCCCAGUAGUUUAAUUUUUCACAGUCAAUAUGAUGUUGGUAGAUCAGAAUUCUACUUUUCGUAUUUCUUGAGCUAAUGGCCGUAUUGUCUAACUAGGCCUUGGAAGGCUUGCGCUCUGCAUGCUGCCCCAGAGGUCCUCAGUAUCGGCACUGUUGACAUUCUGGACUGCAUAACUCACUGUUGUGGGCUGGCUAUUGUAGGCCAUGUUGCCACAGCCCUGUCUCCCAUCCCUGAUAACAGAAGAUGUCUCCAAACAUUGCCCACUGUCCCCUGGAGCAAGGGGACACAGGGACAACCAAAUUCUCCCCUGGAUAAGAACCAGGGCUUCUUGUUCCAACAUUCCUGUCUAGGCUCUGUUCACUGUAGCUCUCUAGUCAGAAUUACUGUGAGAAAGUCACACCUUUCACCUCCAUGGCUGGAGAUGAUUUAUAGUGUCGCCCUUUGUGCAGUGCUCAGUUCCAUGUUCCACAGUCUUUGGAACUCAGGCCUGGAUGCUCCAACUUCUAUCUGAACGAUUUCAACUUGAGUCAUGUGUCCCUGCUCAUCUUAGGACAGUGAUGUUGAUUUAGCCUGUCCCUCUCGCUGUCAGCAAAGUCCAGCAUUGUGAUAGAUUGUUUUGUCUCCAAAGCUUGACAUUUGGAAUAUACUUUGGAAAAUGUAUCUCCCUGCACAAGUUUUUGCGGACUGUGUCAGUCUUUUAAUCCAGAAAGCAUUGUGUUCAAUUGCUCAUGCCUGGAAAUUACUGGUGCAGACUUCCAGUCCAACUGUGGUCACAGGGAUGCUGUUCCUAACUGGUCAGUAACUUGGCAUGUUCCUAGAGCUGCCCUCAUGUGGCUCUGGGGGGGAAAUGUCUUGUUGAACAGGUGUUUGUUCUGAUACCUUUCCCAGUGGUCUGAAAGCAAAGUAAGGAACGGCGAGAACCAGAUCCACCCUUGGCUGAGAGCUGGUGACAUGGAAAGCAGAAUUGAAAUCUUUACCUGGGUUUUUCUUACGGUUAACAUGAGAAAGCAGAUGGCCAGCCCAGGAAGUUUGGAUUGAAUCAUCUCCUUUAAAAAAUGGGUGGGGGGUAGAGGGAAGUGUCUCGAGGAGUCAUGGUCUCUGACUGAAGUUGUAGUCCAUAGCUCUCUGAGGUGUGAACAGUAAGCAGCGGUAAAGGGGGAAAACCGAUUGCAAGCUGCCCUUGGCCACAGUCCGCCUGGGACACACGCGCUCUGAAGAUCCGGGACGGCAGAGCUGGAGCUGUUUCCGACAGCCGACUUGACCAUGUUCCUUUACCUUGAGUGUGACACACUCACCCGUCCCAUAGAAGUAUAGAAGGUGAAAAUUUAAAACCUAGGGUUACUUUUGGAAUUCCAUGUUUAUGUACCUAUCCCUGCCUUUUAUUCAUUAUUAGUUGUAAGAAAGGAAACUAAAAGGAAAAACUAGACUUCUAGCCUGAUACAAAUUGGUUCAUUUGACACAUGGAGAAUUUUUUUUUUUCUUGAGACAGAGUUUCCCUGUGUAUUUUUGGUGCCUGUCCUGGGUCUCACUUUGUAGACCAGGCUGGCCUUGAACUCACUGAGAUCCGCCUGGCUCUGCCUCUAGAAUGCUGGGAUCAAAGGCAUGUGCCACCACCGCCCGACCACGUGGAGAAAUUUUAAUUAGAUUCUCAUUAAUUUCCCAUAUUGGGCAGAUUAGAGAGACAACUAAAUUAUGCUCUUAACAAAUUUAGCAAGGAGGUAGAGAGAGUAAACUAUUUUUUUAGUAGAUUUGCACUUUAAAAUUGUGAGUGUGGCUGAUGGUGGAAACUACUUCCAAAGGGGAGGUGGAGCACUACCCAGCCUGCACUCAGGUGUUCAGACUCAGGCUUCAGUCCUUGCCCACUCAGCUGAAAUUGCUGUCUGUCUGCAUGGUCAGUUAGGGUUUCCUGCCUUUUCCUGUUUGGGUUGCUGUGUUCAAGGUCAUCCCUCGGGGAGGGUGUAAAAUAGCAUUCCUAUUCAGAAUAGAAACUAUGGGUAUUUUCUUUCCACAUUUAGAUUUUUUUUUCUUUUUUCUUUCUUUUUCUUUUUUUUUUUUUUUGAGGCAGCAUUUCCCUGGCUGUCCUGGAACUCACUUUGUAGUCCAGGCUGCCCUUGAACUCAGACCCGCCUGCCUCUGCCAGUGCUGGAGUUAAAGGCAUGCACCACUACACCCAGCCCAUAUCUAGAUUUUAAAAAUUCAUUUUGGUGUUGGCUACAUUACAUGGGUAGGAGCUUAGCUUCUGGAUCAUUGGGAGACCCUGUGGAAGAUCACUGUGACGCUGUCGCCCAGUGGGACGACUCCUGUCAACGGCCGGUGAAUGAAGAGCAGGAGACAACACCGUCCAGCUGCUUCUCCCGGGUUGCUCUGAAUGGCCAGGAGCAUCAUUCUCAAAGCUUUGGCUUCUAGAACCAAGUACAUUCUGAAGGACAGUUGAACAUCUGUUAAUGCCUUGGUAAUAAUCUUUUAUACACAGGACUUUUGUAGCAUGACUUUAUGACUAAACUUAUUGUGUGUUAAAUUAUUUAGUAAUAUUGAGUUUCUGAAUGUUAUUUUGUGAAACUUGUUUUAAAAUAGUAAUAAAUCAUGUUAUUUUAUAACAAAAAAAAA